AUGCUCGACGGAAUACACCCGCCGAGAUUGUUAUUCGCCAGGACUAAAACCGAAACCGGCGAGUUCCCGAGAUUCUCGGGUAUCCCGAACCGGAACCGGUUGUCGUUCAGAAAGAGAGCGUCGAGUUUCUUGUCGAACAACUCGCUGGGAACGCCGCCUUCGAAAUCGUUGAACCUCAGGUCAAGGAAUUUCAGUGACGGCAUGGAGAGGACGAUUUUGGGGAAACCCCCAACAAAUCGGUUGUUGCUCAGAUCUAAUUCGAAGAGGAGUUUUGGGGACCAAUCCGCAGAACCUGUUGGAGUUAAUGUGGAGGAGGGCGAGGUCAGUGAGGAGGCCGACCUCAUCCGGGAGGUACCCGGCGAUGUCGCCGUGGUUGAGGUCGAUUCCGGCGACUACCCGGGCGGAGGCGUUGGAGGGGGAUGGUGCGCAGAAGACACCGCCGUACGAGCAGACGUCGGGGCCGGUCCAAUUGGAGGUGAAAUUGAGCGGGUCGGAGAAGAUGGCGAGCUUCCACGCCUGGAGGGCGACGUAGGCCUGCCGGAGACUGGGGUUCUCGAAGGCAAAGGCGGCGGCGGCCGCCUCGAUUUUGGGUAG